AUGCUCGUCGGCAACGACCUUUCCAAGCCUCAUGCCGCCAACAUCAGUUGCGAUACUGGACGCAUCUGCUUUACUGAGACGAACAACUUUGCUGUCGACUUCGACGUCUUCGACGUCAGUCGGCGCACCCAGCAGUGCCUAUGCAAAGUUACCAGCAGCGACACCGUCACUGUGCCCCCAGGCCAGUCAGCCUACAUCAUCGCCGAUUACAAGGCUCUACCUGCAGACCGCUGCUUCUUCUUUGAUGCAGAGCAUCUUGCCGCCUUCAACGCCGUCGUGGACACCAAAACUCCGCACAUGGUCCCAAUCACCAACACUUCCUUCCAGUCGGUGACCAUCAAGCGGAAGGAUCGCCUCGGCAGUAUCCACGAAAUCACUGACGGCAGUCUCUUUGUAAACUCUUGA